AUGAGUCCUCCGGACACGCCGGCCUUGUCGCCCAUCCGAACCUUGAACCGACCCUCCCUUCGAACACCUGCACCUGUCGAAUCGCAUACCCACAGUCACAAUCACUCCUCCUCUCCGUUUCUACAUAAUUUGACCCAGCGUCUACGUAAAGGUUCCAAUGCAAGCUCGCACAGCGGUGAACACCCAUCACCACUUUCCGCUACGGGUCCAUUGUCACCGCCGCCGAUGGCGGCCGAUCCAGUGAAGAAAACAGAGUCAUCUCGAGCAGCAAGGCGGAUGCUGUUUUCUCUAAUAAGAGACGAUUGGGAAUAUCCGUCGACCAACGUCACAGAAGGCGAGGAUGAGACAACCCCUGGACCUGUGCCUGCGCGCGUGCCGAUCGGAUUCCGAUUGCGCGAAGUCGCACAGUCCGACAUUGAGAUCGAGGAAGGGGUGCUCUCCAAGCGUGGGCUGCGGCCAAGUAACAACAGAACGGCAUCCAGCUCGACGAAUCCGUACAAGUUUGAGAGUCCGGACGCUGUGGGCGAUUUCGUGGCACAACGGUUGCGGAGGAGACGUCGGCUGCUGGAGGAAGAGAUGAAAUGGAAUGAAGGCUUGAGGAUAUGGACCCAGCGCCGGGACGCUUGGACAGGUGCCGUCAAACACAAACCGAUCACGUUGGACGCUGGAACUAUUCCAAGCAGUAACACCGGAUCGACUUCAGCCACUGCUGUUGCAGCUACGAAUAAGCACCACGCGCACAAAUCUUCGUUCUGGCACCCGCAUUUACAUAUACCGGGUCACGAACAUCAUCACCACAGCUCCGAACCAGAACCCCAUGAUGAUGAUGCCACCCAUGGGGACAAGGACAAUCCUACCGGGCCACACCAGGCAUAUCAGCCAUCGCCUAACUCGGACCACUCGGAUCCAAACUCGCACGCCAACUCCAAUUCCAAUGCGACACCUUCACCGCAGUCACCUUCUAUGGAUAACAGUAACAGCAAUGGCAACAGUAACAACACUAGUAAUAACCCUCCGUCCGACCCGAACAACACAGACGAAAUCCACCCAGGCGAGCCCGGAAGCGGGCCAUGGAUCCCCAUCUAUCCGCCACUACUGCCUCAAGAAGAUGUGCUUCGCGACCGCAUUAAGCCGCAAGCCUACCCUACGAUCUAUAGCAAAGUCGUGGUCCAGUCGAUGACGCCCAACGUGCCCAUCCCGCUCAAGCACAUGAUCCCUGCCCUGGUGGAAGGCUGGAAAGCCGAGGGUAGCUGGCCGCCUCAGCCGGCAGCUGUUGCUGCCCAAGAUGUUAAAAAGGGGAGACGAUCGUCUGCGUUUGCCAAAUGGAGACGAGAGCACCAUUUCGACUCAAAGGCCGCCGAACAUCAUGCCGGGGUGGUCAAUGAGGAUGGCAAAUCUCGAGUCAGGCGCAGCAUAGGCAUGAUGAGGAAAGUUCUGGGCGGAGUAGGUACAGGUAAUGAUGAUGACGACGGAGGUCUGGGCGAAUUGGGGUUCGAGUUCCGUGAGCAGGAUGAGGAGGAGGCGCUGAAGAACGUCACGUUGAACACGGGCAACUUGAAGCAAGGCGAUGGACCCGGACAACGUGACGGCAACGCCAACGCCAACGCCAACGCCGCCGGCGCCGAGGAUCGAGGAGCAUAG